AUGGAAGAGAUUGGUCUGAAUGGAGGAGCCCCCUCAUUUUCCAUUGUGGCUGACAACAUUCGAGUCUGUCUAUGUCCUGGCAUAAACUGCCUCUGUGUUAAAGCUUGCACCAGUUGCAAGUCCCUCAUCUUUGACAAGUGGGAGCCCCGACCUCAUGUCCUGAGCCAACGUAUCUCUGUGAGCCUCUUGGGUCAACAUGUGGCAUAUGCAAUGACGUGUGAAAAUCAUGAACUUGGGAUGCUCUGCAUUGUGUCAAGCAAGGAUAUAAGAGAGGUGGUGGUACGACGGGUACGUGGUCCCAUAUGUGACCUUACAUUCACCCGAUCAGCAAUUGAUAACCUGUUGGCUGUGAUAGAUGCCUUUGGGGAUGUAUAUGUCUAUGAAAUGGGCGAGACAAAAUUUGGAUCCCUGCAAGUGACCAAUCUCCUUCACAUCAGCCAGAGUGCUGACUUUGCUUCCUAUUAUCACCUCUUAUGCUGGUAUGCUGAUGACUACAGCAAGAUCUUAUUGGUCACUGAUGAUCACAACUCUCAAGUUUGGGAUAUCAAAUCCAUCUUGGAAAAGCAAGGCCAGGGAUCUUAUUUUCGGGAGGACAUUGGUCACUCCUGUGUACGACUGAGCCAUCAUAGUGCUCCUAUCACUUGUGGGGUUAUUGCCCCUGAAGGCAAGGCUGUUGCUACAGUCAGUCUUGAUGGAAGGCUGAAAGUCUUCUUUAUAAACUUGUCAUUUGGUCAGUACUCUAGGGAGAUGCCCUGUGUUCAGAGCUGGGAGCCACACAAAGGCAAAACACUAUCUAGUGUUCACUUUUUGAAUAAGGAGGCUCCUAGACAGUUCUCAUAUCAAUGGAUCAUUGCAACUGCAUGUGACCAAAAUUCUGAGAUCAAGAUUUGGUCCAUGGAGACCUUCACCUGUCUUCAAGUCAUUCGCUUUCGUCCCUCUGCUGGGCCACUGUACCAGCUGAAACUUGAGGCCGACUUGUUCAUCAACUUCCUCUUUUUUGUUGACACCACCACAAGCCACUGUUACAUUCUGGAAUUGGAGCAUGAGAAAGAGAUGAUUCGAGCUAAAUCCAUUUCUUCUUGUGCCUUGCCCUUUGGCAUACUUGGAUAUCAUGUAGUUGAUGUCCGUCCAUCUUCCAACAGAAUCUGGGCCAGAAUUUUGGGAAUCUGCAAAGAGUCCAUCUGCGAGUUUGUAGUUAUUGCUCCCAGAGCUAGAAUGCCUGAGAAAUUCAAUAUUGAGACAAGUUGUGACACUGAUCUAGAUAAAGUCUUGCGAACAGUUGACCGAUUGUUGCAGGCAGUGGAGAGGCAACGGAAAGCCUUGUACACUCAGAAGGACUGGGUGUCUAAGGGAAAACAGGGCAUGAUCUUGAAGGAAUGGAGCAGUCAACUUGAACAAGAAUUGGCCAAGUUAUCCAGAGACCCUAAGCAGCCCAUUUCAUAUAAUGACUUCAAACUGAACACUGGCGGAUUCAUGACCUGUCCACAUCUAAGAACCUGGAGUUCAGCUCUAAUCUCUGUGAUUUUAAACAAUCAGGAUGAGCUCAAAGGGGCUCAGGAGAUGCAAGAGCUGCAGGCUUGUGUUAUAAAUCAUUUGAACUGGCAACAUACAUUUUUAGCUGACGUUCAGGUGCAUGAGAUGACAUCCCUGCUGAAGGCUUUGUACCCCCUGAAGCAACCCCCAAUGAAAGAGGGCUUGAAGUUCUCUGAAGGUGAUCUCUUCCUCCCUGUUUUCUCUGACCCUGACUCACAGUGGUGGAAUGUUCUAGCCUCUGAUGGAUCCAUUGGACUCAUUCCCAGCAGCUAUGUCAUCUCUUGCGAUCAGAUAAGGCAAGAGGAUAUUGUGAGAUUCCUUGACACUGCCAGAGAAGGCAUUCAGGUGCGGACUGUGACAAGAGGUGGAGUUUUCUCUAAGGAACAAAAGAAUGCCUUAGCCAUCUGUGACCAGAUGCAUGAUUCCUUACUGGGCCCAAACAAGGACUGUAGUCAAGACUUAGGAUCAUCAUCAGGCAGUUCAGUCCCCCCAUUAAAUCUGGAGAUGUCAACAGAUAGAAAUUUCAAGGACUCUCCCAUCGAGGAAGAGAUGGUGGGGGCCAUCUGUCAAGAACUUGUGGAGGCAGUGCGAUCUCAAACUCACCUCAGUCAUAAACUGUCACAAGCAGCUGUCUUGGUCGUGACUGAUAUUCUCAAUCAUCAUCUGCCAAAACUGCAUGGAGACCUAACAUCUCUCUGUGAAUGCCUGAGAGGUUCAGUCUCUCUCCUCAACACUGAUGAGCAUGUUCAAGAGACAAAGGAUGCCUUUAGACUGCGAGACGCCCUCAAGCACCUCAUUGAGGCUCGCUAUGAUGAGCAGCAACGAAGCUGGGCUCUUCAUGAGGAUGAAGAUGAUAUUCUCAAAUGGAUUUCUAUCAUCAUGGAUGUCAUGGAGAAUGCUGAUGUGAAGAUUUCCCGUCACAUACUCGCCCUUGAUGGGUUCCGGUAUGUGGCUGACCUAGUGGCCUAUUAUCAAAUGGAGGGCCGGCGUACAAUUCGUCUUUCCCUUCUCAAGACUCUAAUGGUUCUUGCUGCAGUUGUGCCUGCUGCCAUCCCUACUUUGGUGCAUUCUGUUCUUCCUCUUGAACUUGCCCGGGACAUUAUGUCAUGUGGAGAUGAUUUUGAGCGUCUCAAUUGUUCCAUGGAACUCCUCACCAUAAUACUGUCCCUAGGAACUCCUCUCCCAUGCCAUUACUUUGGAGGUCAGCGACUUAUGGGACUUUUGCUGGUGUUGAAGCAGAAACUGGUCACCCAUUUCGUGGCUCAUCUUCAAGAGCAAUUGAAUGAGACAUUUCUGGAAUUCCUGUUGUCUCUGGUGGAACCUUCACCUGAACUGGGAGAGGAUGAUGUCUUGUCUAACACUGCCUUCAUUCUCCUCUUGGCCCUCAACCUACAAUUCCCUUCUUCUUCCCCUUCAACUAAUCACCUCAUGACCAUCAUCUCAGGUCAACAGGACACUCCUGUCCUAUGUGAGAAGCUUCUGUACACAUUUAAUCGUGAGGAAGAACCAUUGGAUCUUGUGGAGGAAGCACAAAAGCGAGACUGCAGCUCAGUGGUGAAGUUUUUGCAAGAUAUGUUCUCACAGGAGCAUACAGCCCAGUUCUUUUACACCAAUGAUGUCAAUGUGGCGAUUGACAUUCUCAUACGAAUACUUAACAAUCUCUCCAAUGAUGAUACAAGGAAGGCAAGUUACCUGGUAUUCCUGCACAAUGUGGUGAAGUGGACUGGUUAUGAUGAACAGAGGCAUCGGGUGUCAGAUGUCCACUCCUUGCUCUUGGCCAUUAGCAAGGAUGAAAAGAGCCUGACAGAUGUUUCAUUUUGGGCAUCCACUAUCCUCCACUUCCUGCCAUCCUAAAAGGUACUUAGUCCAUGAUGAAAAUGUCUCUGGCCUAUCCCCUUUCUCAGGGUGAAACUUCAACAUUACACUCUCCAAAAAAUAUGACUGAGAUGAGUGGAGAUACCUGAAGUUCUAAGGACCUUUUCAUAUCCAUCCAAUGUGGAGGCAGUGCUGAAAUUACUCUAAAUAUGCUUCCAGCAAUUUUAUACUUAGCUUACAUAGAAUUAAUCCAUGUUUUAGCCUAUGUAUAUGUUAGAGUCAUGUCUCAUAAGUAUAUCAGCAAAGGUAAUCAUAUCCAUUUUCAAAGCAUUUCCUAUUCACAAGACAAAAUGCACAUGAUGUCAUCAUAGCAAAAUGAGUUUCAAUGCCAUUUUUUUUCAAGGAAAUCUCCUAAGCUAAUCAAUGGAACCAGUUCUCAUUUCAUAGAGAACAUCCUGGAUUGACUUAUAAAUUUGUGAUGGCCUAAGUUUAGUCCCCAUGUUACCAUGUGUUCCUGAAUUUCUCCCAGUGUUACUUGCAUUCCAUGUGAUACCACAAUAUUCAGAGCUGUACUUUGAUUUGGUGUGUUUCCUUAUCCUCAGCCCCAG